CAGUACCGAGAUGGAGAGUACGCUCAAGGUCGACUCGUGGCUCAAGACACAGCAGAAUGUACUGGCCAUCAAGAACGAGCCUCACUCCGCGUCAGCAGCACCACCACCGCCAACAGAAGCUGCUGAGUAGUCCAGACAGCAUGAUGAGGACUACGUUCUACCGCCGCCAGUCGCCACCGCCGUCGACCCUGCCUCCACUGCCGCCAUCCCUGUCGCUCAGCCGCGGACAAGCGACUCUGUGAGCCUCACUGCCCUCGCCGAAGCUAUUGCUCUAGCUGCAAGAGCCGGGGCGCCGCCGCCACCACCACCGCCACCGGCUCCGCGUCACAUUAGUGAGCUACCGUACUUUAGUGGCGCGCCGCACGAGUGGCUACAGUUCAAGACCGCCUACUACGAGUCCGCCGCAUCACUCGCGCCCUGCGACAACAUGGGGCGCCUACGUCGAUGCCUGAAAGGAAGAGCGAAGGAAGCUGUCAGCCGCCUGCUCAUAACCAGCACGACGCCCGAGAACGUGAUGAAGUCACUCGAAUUGUGCUUCGGGCGCCCGGACAGCAUCGCGCUCGCCGAGUUGGAACGUCUGCGCGCACUACGCCGGCCUACGGAUAUCGCUACAGAGUUCUGCUUCUUUGCAAACGAAGUAAGCAACAUCGUAACGACACUUCAAGAGCUGCACCGCGACCGCUACCUCAACAAUCCCGAGAUCACGCAGCUCACAGUCGAGAAGCUCACCGCCGCCCACAAGCUUCGCUGGUUCGACUUCUCCGCCGCACAGUCGCCCGAGGAACCCGACCUGCUGAAGCUCAGCCGCUUCCUCACUCGGGAAGCCUCGAUAUGCGGGCCGCACGCACAUGAGAAGACGUCGAGCAUCGCCUACGAACCGAAGCAGCAGCAACAGCAGCAGCAGCCACGCCGCGCACAAAGGGCACACGCAACUGCGGAACAGAAAGUUUCGUGCCCAGUAUGCUCCAACGCCGGCCACAACAUAGCAGAAUGCCGCAAGUUUGUAGAGAGCAACAUCGACUCACGUUGGCAGCUAGCUAAGGAAAGCAGACUCUGCUUUCGUUGUCUACGCUACCGCAGCAAGACGCACCGAUGCAGAAUUAAGAAAUGCGAAGUUGACGGCUGCGAGAGGUCACAUCACCGACUGCUUCACUUCGUGCGCAAAGAGCCCGAAUUAAAGAAAACGGAAGCAGUCGCCUCUUCGUGGACACCGAAGACGCAAGCGUAUCUCAAGAUAGUAAAGGUGCAAGUCUCCGGACCAGCGGGAGCGGUCGACACAUGCGCGCUCCUAGACGACGGAUCUACUGUUACGCUCAUCGACAGUGACAUUGCACAGAGGAUCGGAGCCAGGGGGCCUAUUGACCCUCUCUUCAUAGAAGUGAUCGCUGACACAAGCGUCGAAGAGUCCGCAUCACGUCGCGUCACACUCACUCUCGAGGGGGCAAGCGGGACGCACAUAGUCAACGCACGCACAGUAAGAAAGCUGCACCUCGCCGCACAGCGUGUCACCGAGCAAGACCUUGCCGGCUGCCCUCAUCUAGAAGACAUCCAGCACGAGCUGAAGCACGCAGACAUGAAGCCAGGCCUGCUCAUCGGGCAAGACAAUUGGCACCUGCUCAUGGCGUCGGAAGUGCGAGCGGGACAGCGACACCAACCAGUGGCUUCACGCACACCACUGGGCUGGGUUUUACACGGUGCACACACGCGCGCACUGGGACAGCGCGUGCACUACGUGAACAACAUCAUCAACCUCGAAGACAGCAUGGACGAGCAGCUGAAGAGACACUUCGCGCUCGACUCAUUAACGAUCACACCGAAGACACCAAAGUCUGACCCAGAACAGCGAGCACUCGACCUGCUCACCAAGAACACCAUAGCACGAGACGACGGCCGAUAUGAAACGUCUCUACUGUGGAAGAAGGAUGACUUCAGCAUGCCAAACAACUACGAGAACACGCUGAAGAGACUUCACAGCAUCGAGAAGAAGAUUGAUCGCGACGCUGACCUCAAAGAAAAGUGCGAGAAACAGAUGGAGAGCCUUAUUACAAAGGGCUACGCUGAAGUCGCGCCACCGACCACAUCAAACAAAGUGUGGUAUCUACCGCAUUUCGCAGUCGUCAAUCCGAACAAGGGCAAGAUUCGCAUUGUCCUGGACGCAGCAGCCACAUAUAAAGGCGUCUCACUAAAUGACCACCUACUCACCGGGCCAGACCUACUACAGUCGUUGCCGGGAGUACUUAUGCGCUUCAGACAGCAUGCAGUCGCCGUGACAGCUGAUAUCGCCGAGAUGUUCAUGCAGGUGAAGAUACGCGCUGAGGAUCGAGAUGCCCUUCGCUACCUGUGGAGGGGCAACAAGCGUGAUGGGCCGCCAACAGAAUACAGAAUGACGUCACUCAUAUUCGGCGCUACAAGUUCACCAUCAACAGCAAUCUACGUGAAGAAUAUUAACGCACUCAAGUACGAAGCCACUCAUCCCGAGGCAGUAGACGCAAUUAUCAACAAACACUACGUCGACGACUACCUCGACAGCCACAAGACCGAAGAGCAAGCGAUCAAGGUGGCGCAGGACGUCCGCGACAUACACCGGCGAGGCCACUUCGUGCUGCGGCAAUGGGCAUCAAACUCCGAGGCAGUACUCAAAGCACUCGGCGAAACAGGCAACGAGCCCAUGAACAUUAAGAUCGAUGAUGGAUCAAGCGAACGAGUCCUAGGUCUCAUCUGGCGGCCAAAGUCCGAUGCGCUCGGUUUCAACCUAGACUUGGCGCGUCUGCCGCCUGCAGUCAUAGAAAAGAAGAUACCCACGAAGAGAGAAGCACUCAAGAUCGUCAUGUCGCUGUAUGAUCCGCUCGGAUUUGCCGCGCCUGUCACCGUGCGAGCAAAACAGCUACUUCAAGAGGCGUGGCGGCGCGGCACUACCUGGGACCAGCCAAUAGAUGAAGACCUCUCAGAACAAUGGCAACAAUGGAUGAUGCACCUGGAAGGGCUACGCCGUGUCUCAAUACCGAGGUGCUACGCCCGCUACAGCGACGCUACGAGUCUACAGCUACAUAUAUUUGUCGACGCGAGCGAGUCCGCAUACGCCGCCGCUCUUUAUUGGCGGGCGGUAACAGCAGAGGGUAAGACAUACCUAUCGCUCGUCAUAGCAAAGGCGCGAGUGGCACCGCUCAAGCUCACUUCGAUCCCGCGCCUCGAGCUACAAGCCGCCGUUAUGGGCUGCCGUAUGGCCGCAGCCGUCAUUGAAGAACACCAAGUUAAGCCCGAAUCGAAGACCUUCUGGACCGACAGUAAGACGGUGCUGACAUGGCUGAAGAACGGCUCAAGAUCGUACCGCCCGUUCGUCGCGCACCGCAUAGCUGACAUCGAGGAAAACAGCUCUACAAAUGAAUGGCGCUGGAUACCUACGAAACUCAACGUGGCCGACGACGCUACAAGGGAUGUGCCACGCGACUUCGACGCUGACCACCGAUGGUACAAGGGCCCAUCCUUCUUACUCGAGGACCCUACUGCCUGGCCGGCGGAAAAACCACUUCUAACGAAGAAAACAGGCGAAGAGAAAACGACCUCAGUUACCGAAAAGUCUGCACAACUAAAAGAAGCGCUGCCAGACUACAACCGUUUCUCUAAGUGGGAAAAACUGCUACGAGCUACAGCAAGAGUUUUACACUUCAUACAGCUGUGCCGGCCACGUGAUCAGCGAGUCAACUACAAAAGAACUGCGAAAAAUAGCGAAAAAGACCCUGACUGGCGCAAGAAAACAGCUACGAAACCGAACAAGCGUGCGACAGUGAAAACUACAGAAGACAGAAAAUACCUCCCGCUCACCGGGCAGCUACUACGUGAGGCGGAAAUACUACUCGUACGCCUAAGUCAACAGCAAGCCUUCGACUCAGAAAUAGAAGACUUACAGAAAAACAGAACCCUGAACGCGAGAAGCAGGCUGCGCCACCUUGCGGUCGUCGCUGAAAAUGGAAUACUACUAUUGAAAUCGCGAAUCGGCCGUACACUCAAUAUAGAACAAGGAGUCAUCAGCCCUGCAAUACUCGACGGCAAUCAUCAAAUCACCAAACUGUGGAUCGACUACACACACCGCCAGCUGAUGCACGCAGGAGCCGAAACUACAGUUAAUGAGUGCAGACAGCACUACUGGAUACUCCGCCUUCGCACAGUGGUGAAGAUGAUAAUUCAUCGAUGUCGACCAUGCCGCAUCAGGAAAGAUUCACCCCCGCAGCCACCUACAGGAGACCACCCAUCGAGCCGCCUUGCACACCACUGCAGGCCCUAUACCUACACCGGCCUGGACUACUUCGGGCCUCUGACAGUCACCGUGGGCCGCACUCGACAGAAGCGAUAUGUGGCGCUCUUCACGUGUCUCACGACGCGCGCCGUACACUUAGAGCUGGUGGACUCUCUCACCACUAGCUCGGCAGUGAUGGCGCUGCGUAGGCACAUGGCACUCUACGGAACACCUACUGAGCUAUGGUCCGACAACGGCACGAACCUGCGCGGGGCUGAUAGAGAGCUGCGGCAAUCAAUCGACGCCGCUACAGCUGAUGAAGCGGCCCAACAGAAGAUCAACUGGCGCUACAUACCUCCUGGGGCUCCUUUCAUGGGUGGGGCCUGGGAGAGACUGGUGCGGUCAGUGAAGACCGCCCUUUACGCCGUCCUGAACGAGCAGCACCCAGCCGAAGAGGUGCUGCGCACACUGCUAGCCGAGGCAGAAUACGCAGUAAACAGCCGCCCGCUCACGCAUGUGUCACUCGAGCCCGACGACCCCGAGGCCUUGACACCGAACCAUUUCCUGCUCGGCGGAUCAGGACGCGUACACGCGCCUGGCAGCUUCGACGACAAGGACCUCAUCAGCCGCAGUCACUGGCGCGCCUCUCAGCGCCUGGCCGACCUCUUCUGGGCAAGAUGGCUACGAGAGUACCUGCCUGAACUUCAGCACCGGCGGGAGCCUCACGGACGCGGCGAAGCAGUCAAGGUUGGCGACAUUGUCAUGGUGACAGACGGCAACCUACCGCGCAACACGUGGCCAAAGGGCGUUGUCACGGCUGUCUACCCCGGACAAGACGGCAUCGUAAGAACAGUCGACGUCCAAACCAAAGGAGGAACCCUUAGAAGCAAGGGCGUACCCAGGUAGGAGCAGGGGGGGGCCGCUGCCCCCCCCCUAGAGGAUAAAAUAAAUGUAAAUCUUCCUGCCAAGUGGAAAUUAAAAACGUGUUAACUAAGUACCUACUCUGCGCAAAAUAAAGUGUUGGAAACAAAAUAUCUUUUCUUUUCAG